AAACAAAUCCUGUAUCAAUUUUUUAAGCACAGUCAUUCAAUUAUCCUAAAACGGCAGAAAUGAAAACUUGCUAGAUCCAGCUUCUCUUCUCUAUCCCCAGACCCCAGCUUACUGCUUAUUACGGAGUAUAUAACGCACUCUAUUCCUACUUUAAUCCCUGCGGCGUAUUUCUUCCGGAUAUCUUCUGAGUCUUCUCCUCCUAUCUCCUCGUUGACGUGGGUGUAAGAUAUGAAGAAGUGAAACAAUUUUAUCUAACCUGCGGCGCUUGCCGUAGCACAUCAGAGGACUUUAGUCGUGAUGAAUCGUACUAAAAUAACCAAAUUAACUACUUUGGUACCGCCAACAGAGAAUAAACCCCUCUCCUACCCACCAUCUCCAAGUCAUCUACCCUCUGCUUUACAACAGUACAUCAAUUCAGACCACCCUUCACACGGCCAAAAGGUCCAUUCCCACAUCCUAAAAACUGGUGUCAAACCCAAUAUCAAUAUCUCCAUCAAGCUCCUGAUUCUUCACAUCAAAUCAUCCUCCAUCACUUAUGCUCGCCAGGUGUUUGAUGAAUUGCCCCAACUAACACUCUCGGCUUAUAACUACAUGCUUUCUGGGUACAUAAGGAAUGGGCUAGUCCAAGAAUCUUAUGAUUUAGUUAGAAAACAGAGUUUUUCUGGUGAAAAAGCUGAUGGGUUCACAUUUUCGAUGAUCUUGAAAGGGUCAACUUGUUUGGAUGUAGCAGGAUUGCAAGGUUGCUUGGUACCGACACAGGUUCACACUCAGAUUUUAAGGUCUGGGGUUGAAGGUGAUAGUGUGCUUUAUACAGUGUUGGUCGACGCGUACGUCAAGAACAGAAGGCUACAUUAUGCCCGCAGAGUGUUUGAUUUGAUGCGGGAAGACAACUUUGUUUGCUCUACCUCAAUGAUUACCGGUUAUAUGAAUCAAGGAAACAUGGAUGAUGCAGAAGAUGUGUUCAAGAAAACGCUCACAAAAGAUGAGGUUGUUUUCAAUGCAAUGAUCGAAGGCUAUAGCAAAUCCAUCAAAACCGCCAAAAAAGCAAUUGAGUUUUACAUCCACAUGAAAAGAUUGGGAUUUAACCCCACAGUUUCCACAUAUGCAAGCCUGACCGGGGCUUGCUCUGCUCUAGUUGCGUUUGAAGUCGGCCAGCAAGUCCAAGGGCAAGUAGUUAAGACUAACUUCUUUCAACACGUAAAGAUCGGGAGUGCUUUGAUUGACAUGUUUUCAAAAUGCGGACAAACCGAGGCAGCAAGAAGUGUUUUUGACCACAUGCCCGAAACAAAUGUUUUUUCUUGGACUUCAAUGAUUGAUGGGUAUGGGAAGAACGGGUAUCCGAACGAAGCUCUUGUUCUGUUUGAUGAAAUGCUCAUAAGCCAUCAUCUGAAACCUAACUACGUUACAUUCCUAAGUGCUCUCUCAGCAUGUGCACAUUCCGGGCUAGUAGCCAAAGGGAAGUCCAUCUUUUCAAGGAUGUCAAAGGACUAUUCGAUGAAGCCAAGAAUGGAGCACUAUGCAUGCAUGGUUGAUUUGUUGGGCCGGGCUGGAAGUCUAAACCAGGCUUUGCAGUUUAUCAUAGAUAUGCCCGAGAAGCCCAACUCUGAUGUUUGGGCUGCAUUGCUUAGCUCUGGAAGACUACACGGAGACGUGGAGAUCACUAACUUAGCUGCUAACGAACUGUUCAAUUUAAGCGGGGAUGGUCGGCCCGGCGCAUAUGUUGCUCUAUCAAAUACUUUUGCAGAGGCAGGAAAAUGGGAUGGUGUUGAUGAGGUUAGAGCGUUGAUGAAGUCACGUGGGAUAUCCAAAGGUGCAGGGUUCAGUUGGGUUGGGAGAGAUGGAAGCUUUCAUGAUGGGAAACAGACUUAAUUAAGGGUUCGUCUCCAACCUUGUGCGGUUGGAUGGUGGUGGCAGCGGCUGGUUCAUAUGCUCGCAGACCCUAAAUUCAUUAAAUAGAAAAGGCCCAUAAGCUCUAUCUCAAGAAGCAAGUGAGCGGGUGCGCGGGUCGACAGGGGCGGAGCCAGGACACUGGGCCGGACUGGGCUGGCAAAUUUGAAGAAGAAAAAUUUCGCUCUUACUCAUGGACAAAGACGGAGUUGAAGCCAUCUCACUUCACAUACCUAUUAUUGGUCGACAUCAAGGGCCAACUCAAGGGGAUAGAUGCCAUGGAAAAAAAUGUACAGACGAUGAAAAGCCAUUGAUUCGAACCUUAUGUCUACAUAAAAGGAUCAAUAGACAUACACUACAUUGCUGGUGGUCACAAUGAAAAAGCCGAGGCUGUAAUGAAGGAGAUGGAAGAAGGGGACUAGAAGGAACGCCGUUUUGUGCGCACAUUGCUCCUUCCUCUCUAUGCUUCCCUUGGCAAGGCAGAGGAAGUUAGCAGAAUCUGGGAAGCUUGCGAUUCCUGCUUGGGAACUUUGAAGAAAAACGAAGAGGCAGAAGAUCUCAUUUCGACAGCUUACCAUGUUUUAUUAAGUGUGUAUGCAAAACUCAAGAUGUUGGAGAAAGGGAAUUGAAUGAGCUUGUAAAGAGGAUGGGACAAAACCAUUGCCCGGUGGGGCCAUUCACUUGGGAUGCACUUUUUAAGCUUUAUUGUAAUGCUGCAGAAGUGGAAUAGGCUGUGACUCUAUACUGAAAAAUGCGGCCACAAAGCGUCAGAAAAUGCCACUGUACAGAUCCUAUGCCACCAUCAUGGAGAAAUAUGCAGCAAAAGGCGACGUACACAACUGUGAGAAGAUGUUAUACAGAAUGAGGCAGGUGGGGUACACAUCCCGGCUUAAAAAAUUCCAAACACUUCUUCAGGCAUAUAUAAAUGCCAAAGUUCCUGCUUAUGGAAUGAGUGAGAUAAUGAAGGCUGAUAAGUGAUAUUGUGAUAACAUAUUUGCGAACAGAAAAUUGGCUAGCAUGUUGGCUCAGGUUGAUGGAUUCAGACAUACGGAAUUGUCGGAGAUACUGGAUCGAUCAGCUUCUGGUACUGGGUAGUUUAUAACUGAACUGCAGAAUUUGGUCUGCUUAUUAUGAUUUUGUAGUCCUUCGUCUACUUGUGAUGUUGAAUGUGUUUUCUUGUUAUGUUUCACUUGAACAACCUGAUCGGCGUUGUGAUUCAUUUUAAAUAAAUUUAAACUAUCGCCUAGGUUUUGACAAUGUUAGGAUAAAUAAUACCAAAAGAUAUGGACAACAA